ACAAUUCAGGUAUCAAUGACUCCUCCAUUUGGCCACUAAAGAUGAUGCAUAACAAGCUACUCGUUGCAGUGUCGAUCAUCUUGAAUGUUCUAUUCACCAUUCAUAUUCUUUAUAAUAUUUCAACCACAUGGAGUCCAACGUGGACCAAUAGAGCCGCCUCGGAGGCAGAAGCUGCAGCCUCUGUUUCAUGCUCAGGCCAUGGCAGAGCUUAUGUUGACGGUCUUGGUGUCCUUGACGGCCAUAAACCUCCUUGUGAGUGCCAUAAUUGCUACACAGGCAAAGAUUGCUCCUUCUUUGUACCAGAUUGUCCUGUCGAUGCUGACUCAGGAGACCCUUUGUUUUUGGAGCCUUUCUGGAUUCGAAACGCAGAGGGAAGUGCGGUUGUUGAGUCAGGAUGGCACAGGAUGAGUUAUUCCUAUGAAGGAGAUGCGUCCGCGUGGAAGAGGAGCGAGCGCAAUGAUAAUAUGACACAAGUUAUAGAGAUAGUGACAUCUCCGAAUAAUCCAGAUGGGAAGCUUAAAAGAGCGGUUCUUGAUGGUCCUAAUGUCAAAAACAUUCAUGAUUAUGCUUAUUACUGGCCUUAUUUUUCACCUAUUACACAUCCAGUUGAUGAAGAUUUGAGCCUGUUUAGUCUCUCCAAGACUACAGGUCAUGCUGGCUCAAGAUUCGGCUGGGCAUUAGUAAAAGACAAAGCUGUUUAUGAAAAAAUGAAAACAUAUAUAAUUCUAAAUACUAUGGGAGUUUCAAAAGACACACAGCUUCAUGCUUUGCAGUUGCUUAAAGUAGUGAUUGGCGAUGGAGGGGAUGAAAUAUUCAGUUUUGGUUAUGGAACCUUGAAAAAAAGAUGGGAGAUUUUGAACAAGAUCUUUUCCAUGUCCACGCGUUUUUCGCUCGAGACUAUCAAACCUGAGUAUUGCAACUAUUUCAAGAAAGUUAGAGAGUUUACUCCUUCUUAUGCAUGGGUGAAGUGUGAGAGACCAGAAGACAAAAACUGCUAUGAGAUUUUCAGAGCGGUGAAGAUAACAGGACGCAAUGGCAAUGUGUUUGGAUCAGAAGAAAGGUUUGUGCGAUUGAGUCUCAUCAGAUCACAAGACGACUUUGAUCAGCUUAUUGCUAUAUUGAAGAAGUUUGUCUCCAAGGAAGCUGUCGUAGUUGACUCCGUCUAAGAACUUGAUGUUGUGAUCACAUGUCUUCAAUUCCAUCAUAUAAAAUAAAUAUUUUUUGGAAUA